AUGGCCGACGAAGCCAAAGCUAAAGGUAACGCGGCGUUCUCCGCCGGAAACUACACCGAAGCCAUCCGCCAUUUCACAGAGGCGAUCAAUCUUUCCUCCACCAACCACGUCCUCUACUCCAACCGAUCCGCCGCUUAUGCCUCUCUCAACAAAUUCCCCGAAGCUUUGUCCGAUGCCCAGAAGACCGUCGAGCUCAAGGCCGACUGGUCGAAGGGCUACUCUCGCCUCGGCGCGGCUCACAUAGGCCUCCACCAAUACAACGACGCCGUUUCCGCCUACCAAAAAGGUCUCGAAAUUGACCCCAACAACGAAGCUCUCAAGUCCGGCCUUUCCGAUGCUCAAGCCGGUUUAACCCGAUCUAGGGCGCCUCCUCCGUCGAAUCCAUUCGGCGACGCCUUUUCUGGACCACAGAUGUGGACCAAGCUCACCGGAGAUCCAACCACUCGGGCCUUUCUCCAACAGCCUGAUUUUGUCAAAAUGAUGCAGGAUCUUCAGAAAAAUCCUAGUAAUCUCAAACUCUAUUUGCAGGAUCAGAGAGUAAUGCAAGCUUUGGGGGUGUUGUUGAAUGUGUCGUUACAGACGAGGACACCUGAGGAUAUGGAUGUGCCGAUGGACUCUUCGCCUCCACCGAUGGAGAGGAAGAGGCAGGCCGAGGCGGAGCCCUCCGGGAAGGAGGAGAAGAAGCCGGAGCCAGAGCCAGAACCAGAACCUAUGGAAGUAUCUGAGGAGAGAGAGAUUAAGCAAAGAAAAGUGCAGGCCCAGAAGGAGAAAGAGGCUGGGAAUGCUGCGUAUAAGAAGAAGGAUUUUGAAACAGCCAUUCAGCAUUACACGAAGGCAAUUGAGCUGGAUGAUGAGGAUAUUUCUUUCCUCACAAAUCGGGCCGCUGUGUUCCUGGAAAUGGGGAAGUACGAGGACUGCAUGAAAGAUUGUGAUAAAGCUGUUGAACGGGGAAGAGAGCUUAGGUCCGAUUAUAAGAUGAUUGCAAGGGCCUUGACAAGAAAGGGGACCGCCUUGGUGAAGAUGGCAAAAUCCUCAAAGGACUACGAACCUGCAAUUGAGACUUUCCAGAAGGCUCUUACAGAGCAUCGCAAUCCUGACACACUGAAGAAGCUCAAUGAAGCUGAGAAGGCAAAGAAAGAAGUGGAGCAACAAGAAUAUUUUGAUCCAAAAUUAGCUGACGAGGAGCGCGAGAAAGGCAAUGAAUUUUUCAAAGAGCAGAAGUACCCAGAGGCUAUAAAGCACUAUACAGAGUCCUUGAGGAGGAAUCCCAAAGACCCAAGGGCGUAUAGCAACAGGGCUGCUUGUUACACCAAACUUGGGGCAAUGCCUGAAGGACUAAAAGAUGCAGAGAAGUGCAUUGAGCUUGAUCCAAAAUUUGCCAAGGGGUAUACAAGAAAGGGUGCUGUCCAGUUCUUCAUGAAGGAGUAUGAGAAAGCUUUAGAAACAUACAGGGAGGGAUUGAAGCAUGAUCCUCACAAUCAGGAAUUGCUGGAUGGUGUAAGAAGAUGUGUAGAACAAAAUAACAAGGCAAGCCGUGGGGAUUUCAGUCCCGAGGAAUUGAAAGAGAGACAGGCUAAGGCAAUGCAGGACCCAGAGAUUCAGAACAUCCUCACAGAUCCCGUUAUGAGACAGGUGCUGACUGAUCUCCAGGAGAAUCCUAAAGCUGCACAAGAGCACAUGAAGAACCCUCAAGUGAUGAGCAAGGUUCAGAAACUGAUUAGUUCAGGGAUUGUUCAGAUGAGAUAA